AUGCUCUGGCAGCCGGACCUGCAGCGCUUCGCCUUCCUCGAUCGCCUGAAAGAGGAGGAUGCGGGGGUUUGCUCCAGCCUCAAGGAGCUCGCAGUGAAAUCCCCCUUGCUGCCCUAUCAAACCGCCAAUCCGAAUCGCAUUUCCUCUCCCGAAUGUGGGAAUGGGGUGUGGUUGAGCAACUGCCUCCGCUGCGAGGCACUCUACGGCGUGUUGCCGCUCGGCAACCACGACUCGGUGCUGCUCUACGUCGCAGAAAAAGCGCCCGCGUUGACGUUGCACGUCGGAGAGAAGGUGCAUGAGGUUUUUCGCGUGGUGAAACUCGCCUGGAUGCGAUUGCCAUCUUUGUCGAGCAGACGGCCAAAAAGCGGGGAACCCUACACCGAGGAUCUCGAACAAACCAAGGAUUCAUUCGCUCAGCGAAUAAAAGCGUCUGGGGUGAAAAACUCCCUCGAGGACGAGGCCGAGGCGUGCAGCCUGAGCAGUCUUUUCAGCCAAGGUGAGGAGAGCGACGGACCGAAGGAUCGCUUUGACGAGGCGACGAUUAGUGCGUACCUGAAGGUGGUGGAUCGUUUUUGCGCGGCCGUCUCGAGGGAUAUGGGGAAACGAUCGUAUCUAUAUUAUUCCCCCACAAUCAACCUUGCCAUGAGUCCUGAGGAGAUCCUGGAAAGUCAACAAACGAACGAGGAAGGAGAGGUUCUCCGUCCGCAGGAUAAUUCGCUUGUGGGGCGGAAUAAUCUGCCUUCCCGAGGCUCCGGACGCGUUCCCACGGAUGCAUCGCUUGCGAAAAAAACCCGCCUGCGAAGCUGUGAAGUCUUUCAAUGGAACUAUCGACUCCUGGAGCCCUUUCACCUCCCUACGCUACGCUAUCUCCUUAAGACGUCGAUGAAGCAAAUCAAGCAACACAAAGCGACGAGCAGCGAGAGCGAUACCGGUGAGUCUGAGCUCAUCGGCCUCGCCAAAGGCACCCUCCGCGAGGAGCAAAGCUACGUUCGCGAGCUGAUGCAGCUCAAAUCCCUCCACGCCACGCUCGGGGAGGUUUCGCUUCUGUUUAUUCCCUCGUUCGUCCGAGGCUACGCCGCGCAACGGGAGCUUUUCACCGAUGAUUCACUUCGCGUGCAGUUAACGACGCGGCUGAGUUGUUGUUGGGCGGGAACGCGUUACAACCGCCGUGGGCUCGAGCCCGGCGAGAGUGGGAUCUGCGCAAACCUCGCGAUCUCCUCCGUGUGGGUUUCCAAACUUCCCACGGAGGAAGGAGGGAGAGGGGGAGGUUUCCCGCGAACGGCGGUGCUUAGCAUCGUCCGGGGAUCCGUUCCGCGGCGGUGGGAGCAGCCGGCGAAUCUGUCGUUUAAACCCCCGUUGCGGAUCUCCGCCGCGGGCAACGCCGCCGAGGAGCUCGACUCCCACCUUCAUCUUUUGAAUUCGCUCUUGAGAGGGUUGCGGCGGCUUUGCAUGGUCGACACCACCUCCACCAACCCGCAUGAAAAGCCCCUUUCCGACGCCUUUCACCUCGCGUUUGAGCGGUGGCGGGAGGGUCCGACCACCGCGCGAGGGUCCAUCCUUCGCGACGUCUGUUAUAUGAAAUACGAUAUGAAGAUCAAACUCAAAACGCUGCCGUUGGCGGUGAUGCGGGAGGAUCUGCUGCGGGAGGUUCGACGGGCCGUUUGCCCGCCCGAUGCGUCCUCCGAAGCGAUCGCAAAAAAGGAGGAGGAGGAAGAGGAGUGGGUGAGUUUUACAACCUUUUCUGGCGCCCCUUCGCGGAGCGAGGAGGAGGAGGAGGAAGGCGAGGGCCGGGUGCGUGUGAGUUGGCGAUAUCAGCCGCAGUCGCUUUAUUAUCGUAUUAACUGCCUGGAUUGCCUCGAUCGCACGAACGUCGCGCAGGCGCUGCUCGCCGACGGCAUGCUUCCCUACCUGUUAGCAAGCGUUCUCCACCGCGAGGGGGAUGCAGAUGAGGGGGAGGGUGAAGACGCGGGGGUGGUCACUCGCGGGGUGAAACCACAACCGUUAAACGAUCCAUCCUUUCAGCAACGUCUGAUCGAGGCCUCCGCGGUGCUUCGGGAGCUUUUCGCAGAGCAGGGUAUCGCCCUUUCCAUGAUGUACACGGGUGUUGGGGCGCAUUUUAUCACGUUUUUACGUGGUGGAAACAACGCGCGCUAUCGCCCAAGCCUCCACGAAGGUAUGAUCGCGCUACGGCGGUGGUAUUUGCAGAACUUUCGGGAUGGGUUAAAGCAGGAUACGGUGUCGUUGGUCACGCGGCAGCACGAUCCCGCGCAGUUCAGCUGCAACAUCGAGGGUCCUUUCUCGCGGGAUUUGACGGGGAUGAAUUUGUUGGUUUUGUACGGGAUCCUCGCGUCGGUGGUGCCUCUGAUCAUCUGCGUCAUCUUUGCCUUCUUUUCCGUAGAAAGAGCUGAGCUGCGGCUUCACGGAACCAUCGCGUGCCUCUGGAUUGCAUACUUUUUAUUUGUAUAUCAAAAAUUAUCAAAGUAUUGCGUAACGUAUACGAACCAAGCCUUAUUAAAUCACUCUAUUUGA